UUUGUUCAAUUUUGUAGCCAUGUCGAGGAGGCGCUGUGUUCUGCGCUGUGAGGGAAAAUCUCCUUUGUAUGCUUUGCCAAAGGUAGAGCCACAAAGAAGUCAAUGGUUGAACUUCAUUUUUACCACGGUGCCCCCCAUCCUUCCCGGCACGUCACUGUGUGCUCGGCACUUCACGGAGGACUGCUUUAGAAACCGUGCGCAGUUCGAGGCUGGGUUUUCGCAGCUCUUGCUCCUGAGGGACGGGGCAAUUCCAACUCUGUGUGGCCCAAAGGGAGCUUCAGGUUCCCGAUCUGAUCCCGGAACCCUGCACCACACCACUAAACUGAGAUUUCAACAUGUUGGAUGCCAAACGGACCCUCCACAGUCUGUUUCCGUGGGUACACUUUCUGUGGCAUUCACAAAGGGGAUAUCAGUCGGCACGCAGUUGUCCGUGGGAACCCUGAAGGAAGCACAUAUGAGAAGCAAAGGUGUUUUGGCCGUUCCUCGGACCAAAGAGGCCGGAGUCGGCACAGACAGGCUAGUAAGCCGUCUCUUUAGGGAGCUGACGUCAGCCCCUGUUAAACCAGCAGUGCCGCCCCCAGCAGCCGGCUGUGAUGAAACCGGUCCUGCGCUUCCUCAGAUGGUGAUUGUUCCAGACGUGUCCUGGUUGAGCCGAGACGAGCAGCCGCCUGUGGAGAUAGAGGUGGAGUUAACCACAAGCAUAACAAGCAGGCCAUCAGCAUCUUCCCAACAGAAAUCUCAGUGGACCAGCCAAGAUUCACAGAACAGGCCGUCUGUAUCUGAUCAAGAAAAAAAAUCUCGGAGCAAUUAUGGGAAGCUGAGUAAAGAGCUUGUGCGUCAGUUGAUGUUCCAUUGUUGGGAAUGCUCCAGUGAGUGCUGUGUUCAAAGCAAAGGCAAAGGAGAUGGUUUCUCUCUCAGGCAAGAAUGUCUGCUUUGCUCUAGCUACAGAGUCUGGACCUCUCAACCAGCUGACAUACUAAGGGAGAAGGAGACUGAGAUGAUGUCAUCCGAAGAUGAAGCAGAUGCUGAGAAGGAGGAGGAGGAGGAGGAGGAGGAGGAGGAUGAAGGCGCUGAUGCCCUGACCGAUGUGGAAGAAGAUGGAGAACCCGAUACAGACGAUUCAGACUACUUGCCCAGUUCCAAUAGUUCAGAGAGUUCUGAGGAGAAUGAGUUCAAUGAGGAGGGGUCCACCUCCCAUAAACCCUUUCAGACCACCAUUAGACCCCUGAUUUGGUGUUUGCACUGUCAGGUCCUUGCUGGAAUUCUCUGUACUACUAAGCGGCACCAAAGGAUCUAUGGAUGUCCGCAGUGUGUUUCUGGGGAUACGGCUGACACACUCUGUUUGGAGAACUUUGCUGUUCGCUUCAACUACAGAACUGACUUUCACAAGCAUGCCAUUACUGAACACGGUGCUUCAGAACAGGCACCUGAGCACAGGACUUGUGAAGACUGUGGCAAGUCAAACAGGGUGGAAGAUGAACACCACGUGUGUGAAUGCAAGAUAAAACCUUUCUCCUGCAAGUUGUGCCACAAACGUUUCCUCACCCAGAUUGGCCAAAAGGUGCAUUACCGUAGGCUCCAUGGGGACUAUAUGCACAUAUGUAAGUUCUGCCUGAUGGACUUUGAAAUGAAGCAGACCAAGAUCCGGCACGAGAGGGUCCAUAACAAGCGAGGUUCACCAUACAGCUGUCCCAGCUGCCAGAAGAGAUUCAAAAAGUUCCACGAGCGAAACGCUCACCUUAAAAGCCACGGCGAGCAGAAAGUUUACCUCUGCAGCACCUGUGGCAUGAGCUUCAAGAGGAUAUUGAAAUACGAGCGGCAUGUGCGCACUCACACGAGAGAGAAGCCCUACAUCUGCCAGGAGUGUGAACGUUCCUUCGCCCAGGCCAGCCACCUGAAGUCCCACAUGCGUAUCCACACAGGGGAGAAGCCUUUCAUGUGUGAGCAGUGUGGGAAGUGUUUCAACCACAACGUCAGCCUGAAGAAUCACCUGCUUCGCCAGCACAGCAUCCACCCUGCAUGUGAGCCCACGGAGGAGGGCAGACGGAUCGGGAGACCCUUCAGUGAUUUUCCUCUGAAGAAGAAAAUUAAGGAAUAUAAUAAAAGGAGUAAGAAGCAGCGUUCCGCUCCUCAUGAUGAGGAAGAAGCUUCAGGUUUUCCAGAAUCUGACUAUCAGGAGAAGAGCGAUGACUCUGACUCUGUUGGAGAGGAGUGGAGUGAGCAAAGCGGAAGUAAGAAGAGGAGAGCUAAGAGAAGGAACACCCGGAGAAAAAGGAGGAAGAUGAGUCAUGUGGAGGAGGAAACAUGACCUGUGUCCAGGACACAGCCAAGUGUAGCGUGAGGGCAAGCUAGCAUCAGUACUAGAGAUGGACAUUUUAUCAUUUUCUUGAGUGUAGACGUUGAGGUGGACCAACUGAGGUUAUGUUUAAUUUCCCAAAGUGAACCAAUUUUAAAGAAUAAAUUCAACAGUGUGUGGUUGCAAAAGGCUCUUUAGUUGCUUGUGAAUUGUUAGGCCCCCUUUUCUUCAGUGUCAUGUUUUAAAGUCCUAUAUGUAUAUGUACAUAUAUAGCCACCACCUGCUUUUGUUAGGGUUACUAAGAGACCAACAGGAACGUAACACAUUGCAGUACAUCAGUCAGUUUAUUUCUGAUUUUCUCAGACAUUAAAAUAUAUGUGGCUUACUACUUAGAAUUCUAAUUAAGAAGAUAAUGUACCUAUUACACUAAUAAAGUGUAUGGAGAAAGUA